UCCUGGAAGGGAUGGAGUAAUGGGGUGGAGUGAACGAUCAGUGAGCGAAGCAGCUCUUUAUUCCAACAUAACUGCAGACACACUGCUGUGGAGAAUAUUCACAACCCAUCAUGAAGUCUCAACAGAAAUGCAUUGUGAUCUUUGCUCUAGUGGGUUGCUGUGCUGUCCUUGUGGCAUUAAUAUUCUCUGCUGUGGAUUUGUGGGGGGACGAUGAGGACGAUAUUACUGAAGACAACUGCAGCAGGACAUGCCGAUUUGUGCUCGUGGAGAAUAUUCCAGAAGAUCUUUCCAUUCCCUAUAAGGGCACCAUUCCACUGAACGCUGGUCUCCAUGAACUUUUAGAACAAGCACGUCGAUUCGUCGAGAUUGUGUCACCAUGGUGGGCUCUGAACUCAAGCAAGAAUGAGUUUCUUAUUCCUCAAGCCAAACAGGGUGAGAUCUUAUUUCAUCGACUGACACUUUUGAAGUCUAGAUAAGUCAGCUUGAGGGUGGUCAGUGGAAUAUCAGAUUCCUCAGAACUAAACAUUCUAAAAGAGCAUGGUGCUGAAGUGCACUUUGUGAAUAUGACAGUGCUCACCAAAGGUCAGAUGAAUUCUUCAUUCUGGGUAGUGGACAGAAAGCACAUGUACAUUGGAAGUGCUGCCAUGGACUGGAGAUCAUUCUCUACGAUGAAGGAGUUUGGGCUCAUCAUUUAUAACUGUAGCUGUCUGGUGAUGGAUCUGCACAGAAUAUUCAGCCUCUACAGGCAACUGCAAUACAAGGAGUUUGUUCCAUCGAUAUGGUCCAAGAAACUGACUGCACUGUAUAACAAAGACAAGAGUCUCCAACUGUUCCUGAAUGACAUCAAAGCAAAAGCAUACAUUUCUGGUUCCCCAGAUGUAUUCUGUCCUAAAGAACGUAUGAAGGACAUUGAGGCCAUUUUCAGAGUAAUUCAAGAGGCCAAGACAUUCAUCUACAUCUCUGUACCCAACUAUUUGCCAAUACUUAAGAGAACUCAGCCCAAGUACUGGUCACAGAUUGACAACAUGCUCCGGGAAGCGUUGAUUCUGAAAAAGAACAUGAAAGUGUGCAUGUUAGUGAGCUGUUGGGAGCAGACAGACCAUCUGACCUUUAACUUUCUAUGGUCUCUGAAAUCUCUGUGCAUGGACUCCAUCAAUUGUUCACUGGAAGCGAAAUUCUUCAUCCAGCGUGAGCAGAGGGGCGGACGUCUGUAUGGCAUUAAUCGUAACAGAUACAUGGUGACAGAUAACUCGGUUUAUCUUGGGAAUUUUGACUGGGUGGCCAAUGAGUUUGUCUUCAACGCUGGUGUUGGGAUCGUGAUCAAUCAACAGAAUAAGAUGAACUCUACAGUUGUGGAGAUCAUGAAAGCUGUGUUUGAACGAGACUGGAAUUCCCAGUACAGUAAAACUCUACAAGCCAACAAAAUCCCAGCAUGCAGCAAGCAUACAAUCAAAGAGCACACGGACAACAUGUCAACUCCAGCACUUCUCCAAAACUCCAAGGCUUAGAAAUGACACAUAGAUUUGUACUUCUGUUGUUUCUUUUAAACCUCAGGCUACGAAGCAUGCACUUUAUACAUGUGUUGAUUAAGCAAAGGUAUUGCAUUCCAUUUUACCAACUGGUUUGUACAACAAUAUAUUUUUUGUUGCAGAGUUUGCUUAGAGUUUUCAAAAACUCAAAUGAUUCUGCAUGGCUUUUUCCAAAACCGCUAAUUGGGAUUUUUGCCAUUUAUGCAGAAAAAAGGAACCUUGGGUCUAGAUCUUCUGGCCUAGACCUUUUAACUAUUCCCAGAACACGUCUUAAAGAGAUCCCCAACUUGGAAGACUCAUAUUCCUUAAUACGUAGGAAUAUCCUUACACUACUAGCAUAAAAAAACACUAACUGUCUCUCUCAAUAGGAGUUGUUCCGGCUUUGUAAAAACUAGUAUCUUGGAAUAAGCACUUAUUGUAUUAUUGCCUCGUAUCGAUGUAAAUCCCUAAAUGUAAUGUAAAUGUAAUUUGUCUUAAAAAAAAAACAUAAAAUGUAAUACUCAUUUUAACCUAGGGAGGCCUUCAUUUCUUUUUCGAUGACGUUAAAUAGUGCUUGCAAUCUGAAAGAUGCAGUCACAAUGCAGACACACUACUCAGUUCUUCUGUAGAUAUAAGAUAUAGGUGCUGUAAGAUAAAAAGAUGUAAAAAAUAUAUAUAUAUAUAUAUAUACACAAUAUUUUUAGCCAUUAAAA